AAGGAGAGUCAACACGGAACGGACGACUGUUGUAAAAGACCCUUUUCUGUUGGGGCUCUUACCAGAACAACGUCGCAACCAGUCUUCUCUCUUCUCUCAAUCUGUCGUCUCCGAUCAUGCCUCUUUCGCCGGCUUUAGUUUUUUAGCCGGUCUUCGUUUCGUUGCUCCCUUCCCCGUCGCUCGACUGUGUGAUGGAGAUUUCUUUAUUAAAAGUGCUUCUGAAUAAAAUCUCAAACUUCUUUGAGAUAUCAUCUCUGGAAAACAUAAAUUCUUCACUGGUACUUAAGUAUUACCGGAAGGCUGAAGACAUACUGAAGAUUUUAAAGCCAUUUGUCAAUGGCAUUGUUGAUUCUGAAAUAGCUUCUGAUGAACUAUUCCAUAAGGCGUUUGCUGGACUGUCCGAUUCAAUUGAUCAACUAACCGAACUAUUUGAGACAUGGGAACCAUUCAGCAGUAAAGUAUAUUUUAUUUUGCUAGCGCAAUCAUUAAUUGCAAAGGUUCAGAGUUGCAGCCUGGAAGUUCUUGAGCUACUUGUCUCUUCUGAUUGUCCACAUCCUACUGAAGCAAGCUUGACGUCUCUCGAGCAGUCUAUGCUGAAAAUCAAGUCUACGGAUUAUGAAUUGCUUCCAGUAUUAAUUAGGAAAGCCAUACAAGAUCAAGUGGAAGGGUCUAGAGCUAGCUCAGAUAGCAUGACAAAAGUUGCAGAUUGCCUGAGCUUAAAGUCAAACCAGGAGCUGCUAAUUGAGCUAGUUGCACUUGAGAAGCUUAAGGAGAAUGCGGAACAAACAGAAAAGAGUGAAGAAGUUGAAUAUAUUGAGCACAUGAUUGCUCUUGUUGCUAAUAUGCAUGAUUCCCUCGUAAUGAUGAAACAUUCUGAGAGCUGUACCUCUGUACCAAUACCCCCUGAUUUUUGUUGUCCUCUCUCCCUGGAGCUCAUGAGGGACCCCGUGAUUGUUUCAUCUGGACAAACUUAUGAGCGAGUGUUCAUUCGAAAUUGGAUUGAUCUUGGCCUCAAUGUCUGCCCUAAGACACGACAAACCCUGGCUCAUACAAAUCUUAUUCCAAACUACACUGUUAAGGCACUGAUUGCAAGUUGGUGUGAAUCAAACAACGUAAAACUCUCUGAUCCCGUGAAUACUUUUAGCUUGGAAUCUUGUGCACUCAGGGAUAAUAAUAUCUUUUCUCAUUCAAGGGCUAAUAAUUCUACUUCACCUGAUUCAACUCGCUCUUUCGGUUCCCCAAGGAAAAAUUCAAUCUCAUCCCUUGCAAUUCAAUUAGAGACAUCUCACCCACAUCUGCAUUCAUCUUCAGAAGGAGAAUCUUUAGCAGGAAGUGAAAGUAAUAGAUUGGAUGUUGAGCGGAUGUCUCUUGAGAGUUCUGAAGAUGGAAGGACUGCGAACUUGGGAAAAAGGAGUGUAGACCCUGUUAGCCACUUUUCCAUGCCACUCUCUAUGAGUUGUUUGUCGUCAGCUCAUGAAGAUAUCCACCACGGCCAUAACCGAACUACCUCUGCACCUAGCAUGUUGUCUGAUUCAAAUCCCACACAUGCAACCACUGAGGAUAGAAAUGAGACGUCUUCACUUGACUGUGCUGCUGAUACUCCAGUGGAGGUUGUUGCGUCAGAUUCUACACCCCCUUCUUAUACAAAGGCUGUUGGGACAAGGCUUUCCCCCCCAUCAUCAAUGUGGCGAAGGUCAUCUGAGACAUUUGUUCCGAGAAUAGUUUCUUCCCCUGCUGUUGGAUCGAGGGCCGAUAUUGCUGAAGUGGAGGAGCAAGUUAAAAAGUUGGUUGAAAACUUGAAGAGCACUUCCAUUGAAUUGCAGAGGGAAGCCUCCGCUGAACUCCGGUUACUUGCCAAACAUAAUAUGGACAAUCGCAUUGUCAUUGCGAGUUGUGGUGCUAUUAAUAUGUUGGUUGACUUACUGCAUUCAGCAGACCAACAAGUGCAGGAAAAUGCUGUUACUGCACUCCUUAAUCUAUCAAUUAAUGAUAACAACAAGUCUGCAAUUGCUAAUGCUAAUGCAAUUGAGCCUCUGAUUCAUGUGCUUGAGACGGGGAGUGCCGAGGCUAAAGAAAACUCUGCCGCCACUCUUUUUAGCCUUUCUGUAAUAGAGGACAACAAGAUAAAGAUUGGGAGUUCUGGAGCAAUACAACCCCUUGUCGAUUUAUUGGGCAGCGGAACCCCUAGGGGCAAGAAAGACGCAGCCACAGCUUUGUUUAACUUGUCAAUACAUCCCGAAAACAAGAUCCGUAUAGUGCAGGCGGGUGCGGUGAAGUAUCUCAUUGACCUGAUGGACCCCGCUGUCGGGAUGGUUGAUAAAGCCGUUGCUGUUCUGUCAAAUCUGUCUACCAUCCACGAGGGAAGAGUAGCUAUUGGACAAGAACAAGGGAUCCCCAUUCUGGUUGAGGUUGUUGAAUUGGGAUCUGCAAGGGGUAAGGAGAAUGCUGCUGCCGCUCUGCUGCAGCUAUGCACAAACAGCGGUAGGCACUGCAAUAUGGUUCUCCAAGAAGGUGCCGUGCCUCCGUUAGUGGCUUUGUCACAAUCUGGCACCCCCAGAGCAAGAGAAAAGGCUCAAGCACUUCUUAGCUACUUCAGAAGUCAACGCAACGCUGGCAGGAACUGAUUUGCUUUGGACAACACACUGUAUUUGAGGUAAGAGGUCAUUGUGUGUAUAGAUCUCGCGUUAGAAAUAAUUGAUCUAGAUCCAACUUCAUGUAUCUUAUUGUUUUAACUGUCAAAAUGAAAUGGAUUAUGACUCGAACACUAAAGCUUUCGCACACAAUGAUUAUAACAUGUAGGUUUUACCUUCUCUUCCAUAUUUGGUCUUUUGAAUAAUUGAUCUAGAUCCAACGCAACAUGUAUUAUUUCUACAUACCAAGGUUCACUCUUAUAUUUUGUUCAAUGAAGUGAUUUUUUUGAG